CGGCGCAGUCUUUACGCGUCAUCUCUUGUUCCCACAUUGGCUCCUUGUGGCCUCUUCGCGCUUUCGGGCUCUUCUACUGUCAGCGUUCCGCUCCGCGCUGUGACUUGACCACAGUUAUCCAGUGGUAGGAUGGCUUCUCUUCUCAAAGUGGACAAUGAAAUGAAAUCCAAGGUUUCUGCAUUCAGAGAACGGAUCUUCAGUGAAGCAGAAGACUUAGUUGCAAACUUCUUUCCCAAAAAGUUACUGGAGCUUGACCAUUUUCUCAAGGAUCCUCUGAUAAAUGUUCUCGAUUUGAAUGAAAUCCAUUCAGAAAUUAAUCUGAGUGUGCCUGACCCAAUUUUGCUCACAAACAGCCAUGAUGGACUAGAAGGCCCACAGAAUGCAAAAAAGAGGAAGCAGGAAGAUAUUGAAGAAAACUGCCAAGGUACUAAAGUCUUUGUGAUGCCUGGUGGGAUGAUGAAGAGUAACAACAAGUUGGUGGAACUCAUUGAGAAAGUGAAGCCUGAGAUCAGAACCCUCAUAGAAAAGUGCAACACAGUUAAAAUGUGGGUUCAGCUGUUGAUUCCCAGAAUAGAAGAUGGAAACAACUUUGGGGUGUCUAUUCAGGAGGAAACAGUGGCAGAACUUCGAACAGUAGAAGGGGAAGCAGCUUCUUACCUGGACCAAAUUUCAAGAUACUACAUUACGAGAGCCAAGCUCGUGUCUAAAAUCGCAAAAUACCCUCAUGUGGAGGACUAUCGUCGAACUGUGACGGAAAUCGAUGAGAAGGAAUACAUCAGCCUGAAGAUUAUUGUCUCCGAGCUAAGGAACCAGUAUGUUACACUGCAUGACAUGAUUCUGAAAAACAUUGAAAAAAUCAAGAGGCCCCGAAGCAGCAACGCGGAGACCCUUUACUAAAGGAGAGGCCAGUCUGUGUAAAACAGCAGCAGUACUGUAAGCAGAACUAAAGACCGUGAUUGCCUUGGUUCAUUUUUGAGCAAGUGACUCACCAAGAUGAAGUUGCCUGGCUGGAACUGUGAAGCACAUGCCCUGUGUCAAGUUUUAUGAUAAAGUCCAAAAAAAAUUGAAAAAAUAGAUAUAUUUUUUUUUUGAUGGUGUAUUAAAAGUUUUAAACCUCAGGAGGUUUAUCCUGAGACCAUUUAUUUCAUUACGGUAAAUGUUCGGUUUCUGAAUAAUUUACCAUGUUGCACUGGGGAAGCAAAACCCGACCUUUUCAUUUUUUUAUUUCAUUUUUUUUUUCGUCUGCAGCUUGUCCAGUUUUGUUGUAAUUUAGCCGAGUGAUUCUUUUCGGCAGCAGCAGCAGCGCUUGAUGUACACUCACGGCGCACGAGAUUCGAAUUUUGUACAGAAGGCUGGCGUCUCGUGUCGAAUGUAUGCUCACAGUAUUAAGGGGGCUGCAGCUCCAAACCGAAAAAAUGUAAAAACGAAGCUUCAUCGUCCACGACUUGAGUCGUCAGAAUUGGCUUUGCAGUGCGCGCUCUCGCGUUUGACCUUAAAGUCCUUCUCGUUUGGGUUUGUGUUUUAAGGAGAGGCUUUUUGGUUUGCCUUUUUUUUUAAAUUUUUUUUUGUGCCGGUUUGUUGUUUUUCUUUCCUCCUGUUACACUUUUGUGUCUUUUUUUAACGUCUCUAAAAGGACACUCGACAGUCACCGUCACCAGUCAGACCGUCACAAGUCCACUUUGGUUCGGAGUUCAGACUUUCUAUGAAGGUGAAAUGAAACGACUGAACGGAGCGGAAUCGUGCUUGGCACUUCGCUCCAACCUCCUGUUACACGUCUUGCGUUUGUUGUGCUGCUGUCUUGUCGCGCCGCGGGCUCUAACGGCCUAUCAGCAGGAAGGUCUCCUCCUGCCUUCCAUUGCUGCCCACCAUUAAGUUGUAAACCAGUGAGCCCCAGACUGGUGCGGCUCCUGUUAGUGAAAGGCCCGACAGUUCAGCUUCGAGCACAAACUGAAGACUUCCUCCUGGAGGGACAGCACUUCAGACGAGGUGUCACUCGCUGUCCUCUUCAGGCCUGCCCUCCACGUCUCACGUGUCCCCCCAUUAGCUGUUUUCCAUUUGCGUGUUCUGGUGGUGCUGGGAAAGCAUUUGGAGAGACGGGGUCUCCAUUAGAGCUCGGGACUGACUCGCCUCCACCUGCUAUGGACGGUCACUUGCCGGCUGUGCUUGGGUUGAUGGCUCGCCAUCGGUGCCGUGUUCUUGCCACUUCACGUGAGAGUUUAGUCAGGGAGCAGCCAUUUUCUUUUUUUUUCUUCCUAAAGCUUCUCCACAGACAUUCCAGAACAUCCGAUAGAAAAGCAGCAGAUGUGCCGUUUGGCAGAGAGCCGGGUGGCCGUCGGUUUUGUGUCCCGCCGGUGGCCUGUAAAUGGCCCUCUCGCUGUCCACUUCCGAGUAGCAGAUGAGCGGCCCGAGCCGAGUCUUCUCUCUGACAGACGACUUCCUCUCGAGAUAAUUGGAGUGCACAUCUUCGAGUGGCAUUUCAGGACCCUCAGAGUGCUUGCUGAUGAGCGGGAGGCCCAUUAAAGUCUAGACACGGUGCUGCUGAGCAUUUCCUGAUCGCUUCCUUGGUGCCUUGCUGUCCUUCAGAGUGAUUUUAUUCUUCUGUUUGUAAGUUUGGAAGCCACAAUUGGAUUUUAUUCUUAUUUUUAUCUGUGAUCUGCAGCCCUCUUCCCGCUGUGGAAAGGCGUCUUCUUUUUAUUUGGAUUGGUUUUUUGGGUAAUCUUAUGUUGGAGGUUUUGCCCUCUAAAAAGCACGUUGGCUCAUCUCCACUUCCGUCUGUUUGCCGUUCUCUAACUAGAGUGGCGUCUUUACGUUUCUCCACAGUCCGUCUGUAAAUCGUGGCCUGUGCACCGUUGGCACCAUUUCAUGUAAGGCCUGCUAGAGAAGGUGCUUCUCGGCUUUCCCAGUUCUCCUUUGUAUGGAAGUUUAAUUAUGUGUACAUAGUAUACAGCUGGCAGUGGGUGCGGAGGGCACAGUGUGGGUACUCGGACCCCCUUCUCUUCUGAAACACAAACUUUACAUUUCUCUUGUUCUAUUAACUGUGAGCCAGUUGUUGCCAGGUCAGUCAGUGCCUGGGCGUCUGUUCAAUUCUGAUUCAAUUGCGCAUCACUGCCUUCAAACACAAGUUGGGUGUGAAACUUUUUUUUAUAUGCGAUAAAAAUUCAAGGCAAUGAAAAUAAAAAACAAUUCUAACUCUGUA